AUGGCUAUACCCCCGACAUCAGACACCCCCCGACAUCGGACACCCCCCAACAUCAGACACCCCCGAAACACCCCCGACAUCAGACACCCCGAUACACCCCGACAUCAGACACCCCCGACAUCGGACACCCCCAACACCCCGACAUCAGACACCCCCGACAUCGGACACCCCCAACAUCAGACACCCCGACAUCGGACACCCCGACAUCAGACACCCCCGACAUCGGACACCCCGACAUCAGACACCCCCGACAUCGGACACCCCGACAUCAGACACCCCGGACACCCCAUCAACACCCCGACAUCAGACACCCCGACAUCGGACACCCCCAACAUCACCCCGGACACCCCCGACACACCCCGGACACCCCCGACAUCGGACACCCCCGACAUCGGACACCCCCCAACAUCAGACACCCCCGACAUUGGACACCCCAACAUCGGACACCCCCGAAAUCAGACACCCCCCGACAUCGGACACCCCCGACAUCGGACAAACCCCGACAUCGGACACCCCGACAUCGGACACCCCCGACAUCGGACAUCCCAUCGACAAACCCCGGACACCCCCAACACACCCCCGACAUCGGACACCCCAUCGACACCCCCAACAUCGGACACCCCCGACAUCAGACACCCCCGACAUCGGACACCCCCAACAUCGGUUACCUCCUAA